GCAUACAAUUGAGACAAAUGAACGCUUCCGACCGCAAGACAGUUAAACACCAAAACUCUAUCAAAUCACAGGUCGACGCCAUCACCGGUAACGUGAAGGCGAUCGGCGAGAAGUGUUUAAUCAAACGGUCUAUAAUUGGCAAUAACUGUACGAUUGGCGACAAAGUAAAACUCAUGAACACUAUUGUGAUGGACAACGUGACCAUCGAGGAAGGCUCUAACAUUCAGGGAAGUGUUGUCUGUUCUAACGUUCACAUUGGAACCAAUGCCGAAGUGAAAGACUGUAUCAUAGCGUCGAUGCAAAACGUUCACUCAUUAGCAAAAUUUACGAACGAAGUGAUUAUGGAUAUCGACCAGAUGAUGGAGUUAUGAUCACCACUCGCUAUUAUCUGUUAUCCAUGUCAGCUAAUUCAGUGACCAGUUGUACAACGGGUUUCACUCGUGUUUUUGUUUAUUAAUUUAAAUAAU